AUGAAAUAUAUUAUAACAAUCUUGUGCCUUCUAGUACUGGUCCAAACAGGGAUCAGUCUUCGCCAUAAAGGAUUUUCUACUGGACAUCGAAAUACCGGAACUAAACUUGCUUCACCUACUGGUAAUGUUGGUGUUAAUGUAACAUGGACAUUUGAACUUGGAAAUAUCACAAGAAUACAUAUGGCUAUCUACAAAAUGCAACCGGCUCAAUGGGCUGCCAUUGGUCUUAAUCGUAACCAAUCAAUGGCCCCAUCUCAUGUGUUUGUUUGUCGACGACUUGUUAAUGAUACUGUUGAUGUCAACAGAUAUAUGAAUCCUGGCAGACAUCUUCAUCCUGUUCCAGCUGGAAUAGCACAAGGUGGAGUAUUCACAGUAGAAAAAGCAACAUUUGACGCAGGUGUAGUUAUUUGUCAAUUUACAUUAUCAAAUUUUAGUACUACGCAAAUGACAAACUUGAACGAUCCACCAAUACUCUCACAAUCGACACCCUAUCAUCCAUUAGUUGCUGUUGGAGCACUGAAUGCUACAAGUAACAUGAAAGAACAUGGUAUUGAUUCGCACAAGGCUCUUCCUCAACUUGUACAACUUAAUCGUACAGAAGUUAUUACGUAUCAUCUGGAAUCAUCAAAAGUUCAUGACAAAAGCAAAUUUCUAAAAGUUCUUAAUGAUAAAAUGGCUAUGUGA